CCAGCGAAUGUUUCUGUUUUUGAGCAACUUUGUGAGCUCUUUCCAGGCUCUGACAGAGCAACGCUUCGUGAAAUCGCCGACGCGACGGGCGGCGAUCUGGAGUGGGCCGCCGGUUUGGCACUUGAAGCUGGCCAAUCCAGUGCAAGGACACAAUUGGUCUCAACUGAACGGACAGAAGAGUUGUGUCAGGCCAUCGCCCGUCCUUCUGCUCCAGCCGGGUUUCCAGAGGAGACCACAAGAGGUCCAGCAGACCCAUCUACUGUCGACGCGCUUCCAUUUGAAAAGACUGAAGGACCAGUGCUCUCUGAUCAGGACUCCUACAUGAAGUUCGAUACUGCUUUCGAGGGCAUUGAACAGUCAGAAAACGACGAGUUGACGUACGAGGGUAAUGAAGGGCAGGAGGAUGCAGAAGAGGAGGGGGGUUUUAGUGCUGGUCAUGAUAAUGUUACUCAGGAAUCAUUUGCGGACUACGAUCCACCCUCUCUCAGAAUCACACGAGAAUUCGUGAGGCAUGCAUUUAAUCGAUAUGCUGCAACGAUGGACUUGCCGAAAAUUGAUCUUGGUACGAUUUUUUGA